UCAAAUUGGUAGUAAACAAAAACAUUGGAAGUUUCAGUAAUUAAAAUGCGGCAUUUUUUCAAAGGAUAUAAUACGACAAAAAGUUUACAAAAAUGCCUGCAACAACAAUUACGAUCAGCGCACAACACACAAAAGGUGCCAAAUGAAAUGUUUGGUGCACAAUAUUGCAUAAAUUUGGUGGAGAAGAACGAUUACGAAAACUAUUUGUGCACGCUGCUUCUAAAUGGCAAUCAACGACGUUACGCUUUUGCGCUGCGGGCAUUCAAUGUGGAGGUGGCCAAUUGUGGCGCUAGGGUGUCGGAAGAAAACAUUAUUAAAUUGAAAUUAAAAUUUUGGUAUGAUUCCAUUGAUAAAUGUUUCUCAAAAGAAGGUUCGUACGUUGCAGAUCAUCCAGUUUUAAGAGAAUUGAAAAAUGCAGUGGACUCACAUAAACUGAACAAAAUCUACUUGAAGCGCUUAGUCACGGCACGUGAUCGCCCAAGCAAUCAGCCAUUCAUUACAGUAAAACAAUUAGAAGAGUACGCGGAGCAGGUUUUCUCAUCACUCUUUCAUCUUUUAGUUGAAUUAAAUGGCGUUAAGGACAUUCAAGUCGAUCAUGCAGUCUCGCAUUUGGGCAAAGCACAAGGUAUUGCAACACUCUUAAGGGCAAUACCUUACAAAGGACGCAGCGAAGCAUUGAAUAUACCGCAGGAAGUGUUAAUAAAACAUGGCGUUAGCCAGGAACGUAUUAUGAGAGACAAGGCUGAAGAUAAAGGCGUAGAGGAAUGUAUUUUUGAAGUGGCUACUGUAGCCCAUCAACAUUUAGAAAAGGCUCGCAGCCUUAUGGAUAAGAUACCAAAAGAUGUCCGCAAAUUUUUCCUACCCUCAGUUGUCGUGGAACGAUAUUUAGAACGUUUAAGGAAAGCUAAUUUUAGAUUGACCGAUCAAAAAUGCUUGCAACGAGAUUCGAUGCUACCGCUAUCACUGUAUUGGCAUAAUUUGCGUAGUCGGUACUGAUAAGCUUAGUGUGUUAU